UUCCUAUACAAGGGUUUCCUGUUUUACAUACAAAAUAUUCAGUACAAACAGUCAAUAAUUCACAUGUAGAUAUAGUAAAUACAACAAAUACAAUAAUUCAAUUACUACCUCAACAACCAGAUGAAUUACCUCGUGCAAAUGCCCCUUCCUAA